AAAAUGAGGAAUUUCUGGUGAACAGUGGAUGAGCAGAAAAGUGAAAAAUGUCAGAUUGAGGCCCACCAACCCCAGAGGCACAACAAUUGACGCGAUUCGAUUCUCUUUCCCUAUUUCUCGAUCCACUUCACAACAAUCGCCUAGGGAUGGGUGACAGCUCGAUCGGAGUGGUGGUGCCGGCGGCGGAGCUGCAAGGAGAUGAAGCUUUGGAGGAGGCGGAGGCGGAGGCGGAGGAGAAGGAACUGAUGUGCCCUAUAUGUAUGCAGAUGAUAAAGGAUGCUUUCUUAACAGCGUGCGGCCAUAGCUUUUGCUACAUGUGCAUCGUCACUCAUCUCCAGAACAAGAGCGAUUGCCCUUGUUGCUCUCACUUUCUUACCCCUUCUCAGCUCUUCCCCAAUUUCCUCCUCGAUAAGCUACUGAAGAAGACAUCUGCUCGUCAACUAUCAAAAGCCGCAUCUCCUGUAGAACAAUUCCGUCAGUCAUUGGAACAGGGUUGUGAAGUAUCAGUGAAAGAGUUAGACUCUUUAUUGUCUCUGCUGGCAGAGAAAAAGAGAAAAUUGGAACAAGAAGAAGCAGAGAGAAACAUGCAAAUUCUGCUGGAUUUCUUACACUGCUUAAGGAAGCAAAAAGCUAAUGAACUCAAUGAGGUGCAAAAUGAUCUCGUGUAUGUCAAGGAGGACUUAAAUGCAGUGGAACGACGUAGGAUAGAGCUAUACCGUGCAAGAGAAAGGUACUCUGUUAAACUGAAGGCCUCUGAUGAUCCUGUCAGAAUGAGAUCUCGGACUUCUUCAAUGGAAAGAAUUGUAGGUCCUGCAUGCAACUCUUGCACUACAAAAGGAGGAAUGACUUCUGUGAACAUGCAGUACAAGAAAAAUGAGGGAAAAGUUCAUAUUAACCCCCUUGGAUCCCAGAUCAAGGAUGCCACUUUUAGUGGACCGACUUCGCAACAGAUAAGCCAAUCUGGUAUGGCUGUUACACGAAAGAAGCGCGUUCAUGCACAGUUUAAUGAACUUCAAGAAUUUUACUUGCAAAAGAGACGCCAGUUGGUGAACCAUCUAGAGACCCACGAAACAAAAGAUAAAACUAACAUUACUAGAGAAGGUUAUAGUUUGGCCCUAGAAGAUUUCCAGUCGGUUCUAAGUACGUUCACCCGGUACAGUCGGUUACGAGUAAUUGCUGAACUUAAACAUGGGGAUCUCUUUAACUCGGCCAAUAUUGUUUCGAGUAUAGAAUUUGAUCGUGAUGAUGAGCUGUUUGCCACUGCUGGAGUUUCACGGCGCAUAAAAGUUUUUGAUUUCUCUUCGGUUGUUAAUGAACCUACAGAUGUGCACUGCCCUGUUGUGGAGAUGGCAACACGAUCUAAACUUAGCUGCCUGAGCUGGAACAAGUUCACCAAAAACCAUAUAGCUAGUAGUGAUUACGAUGGAAUUGUAACUAUUUGGGAUGUAUCCACACGGCAGAGUGUCAUGGAAUACGAGGAGCAUGAAAAACGUGCAUGGAGCGUUGAUUUUUCCCGAACAGAACCGUCUAUGCUUGUGUCUGGCAGUGACGACUGCAAGGUUAAAGUGUGGUGUACGAACCAAGAAGCUAGCGUCCUCAACAUCGAUAUGAAGGCAAAUAUAUGCUGUGUAAAGUACAAUCCCGAUUCUAGUAAAUUUGUCGCGGUUGGUUCUGCCGAUCACCAUAUACAUUAUUACGACUUAAGAAACACUUGCCACCCACUCUACGUGUUCAGUGGCCAUAAAAAGACAGUUUCGUAUGUCAAAUUCUUGUCGAGCAAUGAGCUUGCUUCUGCUUCAACAGAUAGUACUCUGCGACUAUGGGAUGUCAAGAAAAAUUUGCCGGUUCGUACAUUUAGAGGGCAUACAAAUGAGAAGAAUUUCGUCGGUCUCACAGUGAAUAGCGAGUUCCUAUCUUGUGGCAGUGAAACAAACGAAGUGUUUGUCUAUCACAAGGCCAUCUCCAAACAAGCGACAUCGCAUAAAUUUGGAUCUCCCGAUGUGGAAGAUGAUAACGAAGAAGAAUUAGGAUCUUACUUCAUCAGUGCGGUGUGCUGGAAGAGUGAUAGCCCCACCAUGUUGGCUGCAAAUAGUAGAGGAACAAUCAAAGUUAUGGUACUUGCUGCUUGAUCAUUUGUACAGUUAUUAAUUGGGGUUAUGGAUCUUAGAGAAAAAUGAGUGAAAAUUGUAGCAUAAAAUCCACUUUGUCCAGGUUUUAUUUUAUAAUUCUUUUGCAGAAAAGUGUGAAAAAUUGUAGCAUAAAAUUCUACUUUGUCCGGCUUCACUAGUGAUUAUUUCGCGAUUUUGCAUAUUCGGUACUCGAGGCUGGUAUUGGAUAACCAAGUUAUUU